GUUAUGAAUUCAUACAGGGAGUAUUGCCUUUAUUUAUUUGAAAAAAAUGCAGGCCGAAAGAUCACAUAGAAUAUAUCAUUCAAAUGCAGUCAGACGAGUCUGAAAAGUUUUUCCCAAAACAGUUUGGUAAACCGCAAAGGGUGACGGGUAAACAAGAUGGCAGCCUCCUGGUCCAAGAAAUGACUGAGUCGAAAGUCCACAGAUAAUUUCUGUGGGUAAGAGCUUACAGAGCUACAUUUAGAGUGAAAACUCGUGCUUUUGAUACUUUACAGGUACCUUGAAUCAAUCCAAUAUGCUUUUCUGGCGCGAGCUGAGCAUUCUGACUUGCUGACAGCAGUGGUCUUAAGAUGAAGAAAUGAUGAUCAACCCACCAUUCCAUGAUUACACCUGAAGCCAAAACACAGGUGGAGAAGCUUCUUGGGAGCUGAAUGGUCAAGGCACAUACACAAUGUGCUCUAUCAUGAGACAGCAUCAUCUUGAACUGUCCCUGUGCAAUCCCAUGGGAUUCCCUUUUUAAAUGCAAUCACAAACAGGAAAGAUUUCCGUCCUAUUUUUCUUUGAUAUGUAACAUUAUGGUGGUAGGAAAUUCUAGCAUUCAGAUAUGCUAGAGAUCACUUGAACUUGAAGUUUUGAAGACUAAAGAAGAGUGACAGGAAGCACACAGGAAUAUGGCAGGUGGCACGAUUCCCCCGAUCCCUACCGUCCCGGCAUCAGAGAGAUGCCCACUAAGGAUCACGUUUCAGCAGGGGUUCCAGCUGUUCAUCGCAGUAAACCUGGUGUUUCUGCUGCUGGUGUUGCUGUGUAGCCUGUUCCUAGAAACUCAGGUUGAGACUGUACGUCGGGAUGACUAUCAAAACAAUGACGUCCAAAUCCCUACCGUAGACAUAGAUAGUCUGUAUGCAGACCCCAGGUGUGACUUUAACAGAACUUUUAACAUCUCUGUCAAACCAAAGUUCUACUCAGUCUGCCACAGCAGGUCUGUUCCGAGGACUUCUGUGAGGGAUUACAAGGUUAUUGUCAUCUGGACGCGAUGGUGGGGGGUUCGGCUGUGGGGGGUUCAAGACCACUACUGCCCCUCCAUGCCCGAGUGCGUCUUCACGGGAGAACGCGAGCAGAUCGGCAACGCAGACGCGGUCGUCUUUCACUACCACGACACUCCGAAGGUUUAUUCCAAGCUCGCCAUGCCGCCGACACGACUCCCGCACCAACAUUGGGUGUGGUUCGCGAUGGAAUGUCCCAUUGUGACCAGACUACGAGAUCUGGUGUCGUACAGUGGUGUUUUCAACUGGACCAUGACCUACCGAAAUGACUCGGACGUUUUGACUGCUUACGGCUCUGCCAGUCUCACCUACAAAAUGUUGAAAGAAAUGAAAAAGGAUCCACACAAGGACUAUGCGCUAGGAAAAAAGCAGCUAGCAGUGUGGUUCGUGAGCAACUGUUACAAAUACCUACCUCGUUUUGCGUACGCACAGGAACUAGUGAAACACAUUCGCGUGGACGUCUUUGGCCAGUGUGGGGAAGUUGUUUGUUCAAAGAAAGAUUUUGAGUGCUCGAACAAUAUCAUUAAACAGUACAAGUUCUACCUGUCCUUUGAAAGCUACAAAUGCCGUGAGUACAUCACAGAGAAAUUUUGGAGGAAUGCUAUCCAGAAUAAAGUUGUUCCAGUAGUGUUUGGGGCACCAAAAACUGAUUACGAAAGAUACGCCCCGCCCGGUUCGUUCAUUCACGUAGACGACUUUGAGUCGCCCGAAGUCUUAGCAGAUUACCUUAUGAUACUUGACAAAGAUAAGGAGAAAUAUAAUCAGUACUUCAGAUGGAGGACUCACCCACCCAAGAGUGCAGUUCCAGAGGAUUAUGGUAGGUGGUGCAAUUUGUGCCAGAGGCUCCACCAGGUGUGUCCGACAGAGAGGAAAGUGUACACAGACUUGGAUGGCUGGUGGAAGGGGAAGGACAAUGAUGUCUGUGAGCCUGUUGUGUUGAAGGAUAACUCCAAAGACCCCAUGUAUGCAAUAUACUUUGACGAAAACAAUAAAUGAUAUCAUGAUUGUGCAGCA